UCCACCAAAUCAUAUUUACAUGACUAGUGAAUAAUGGCACGAAUGAUUUUAUAAGACACUAACUCCAACAUAGAUUGGAUCUACAAAUUAUAAUGCCAUAUUGGCACAUGUAUUAUGUCUACAUGAGCUCUUACCAAAGCUCUUAUAUUCUACAAUCAAAGAAAGCAUUGCAAAGCAUGCAUGAUGAACUGUCCUCAAGGUGGUCUUUGGAAAAAAUAAAAAACGAAAAAAAUAAACAGAAAUGGUAGAUAUGAGGAUCAGAUUGCACGAAUCUCCACACCCGAAUGUAAUGUUAAUCUGCAUAAACUUCGCCAUGAAUCACUCGAUACAUUUUCUCUUCUUUAUUUGGUUGUAGAUUUUCUGAUUUCUCCAUCGCCUAUAAAUAUCUCAACAGUCAUCAAAAUGAAAUAAAAACCCAAGGAAGCAAUGGCUAAGUAUCAAAGUCUCCUCUCCCUCUUCUUCAUAGUCCUCGUAGCUACUACAUUGGGUGUGCCAAUGGCAGAAGCGAAACUAUGCGAGAGGCGAAGCAAGACAUGGUCGGGCAUCUGCACCAACACCGGCAACUGCAACCGACAAUGCAAGACCUUGGAGAAGGCUAAGCAUGGAGCCUGCCACUUCCAGUUUCCGGGAUUUGCAUGCUUUUGCUACUUCAACUGCUAGAGAAGUAGUACUCACAGCCGUUCGGGUCGCAUCUAGUAUGCUUUUGCUGGGUCUGAAUGUUGAAAUAAAAUGCUACAACUAGUAAUGAGUGUAGCAUAGACGUGUGUGUGUGUGUAAUGGUCUGUUUUGUAGGGUUGUUGGUGCUUCUGUUCUAUAACUACUGAAACUUUAGCCGGACCUACUGGUCCUUGUUGAGUACACUUCUAAUUAGUAUCCAAAUCAUUAACCUAUGUGUGAAAGUUAUUCACCUGAUAUUUAUCA